CCGCGCGCAGCCGCCCGAACCCGCCCAGACCGAGCGCCCGAGGUGCCGCAGCCGCUGCCGCCGCCGCGAUGUGACCUUCAGGGCCGCCAGGACGGGAUGACCGGAGCCUCCGCCCCGCGGCGCCCGCGGCUCGCCUCGGCCUCCCGGGCGCUCUGACCGCGCGUCCCCGGCCCGCCAUGGCCCCUUCGCCCUCGCCCGGGCCCGCCGCCCCGCGCGCCGCGCCGCUGCGGCUGCUGCUGCUGCUGCUGGCCUCGGAGUGCGCGCUCGCCGCGUUGUUGCCGGCGCGCGAGGCCACGCAGUUCCUGCGGCCCAGGCAGCGCCGCGCCUUCCAGGUCUUCGAGGAGGCUAAGCAGGGCCACCUGGAGAGGGAGUGCGUGGAGGAGCUGUGCAGCCGCGAGGAGGCGCGGGAGGUGUUCGAGAACGACCCCGAGACGGACUAUUUUUACCCAAGAUACUUAGACUGCAUCAACAAGUAUGGGUCUCCGUACACCAAAAACCCAGGCUUCGCCACCUGCGUGCAAAACCUGCCUGACCAGUGCACGCCCAACCCCUGUGAUAAGAAGGGGACCCAAGCCUGCCAAGACCUCAUGGGCAACUUCUUCUGCCUGUGUAAAGCCGGCUGGGGGGGCCGGCUCUGCGACAAAGAUGUCAAUGAAUGCAGCCAGGAGAACGGAGGCUGCCUCCAGAUCUGCCACAACAAGCCGGGCAGCUUCCACUGUGCCUGCCACAGCGGCUUCCAGCUCUCCUCUGACGGCAGGACCUGCCAAGGUAAGGCCCUGGGGUGAGGCCUCUCUCCUCUC